UGAACCCCUGUUCUGAUGGCGGCAGUUCCGACGGAGGCAGACGGCAGUGACAGGAACCACCUUAGCCUCGGACCUCUCCCCUUCUUCUUCACGAACGUCGGGCUCCUCCAUGUGCGUCCUCUCUCUCCUGGCAGAACCCCUAUUGACGGCGACGACGAAACGGUGGCGGUCAGUGGCGCAACGGCGGCGCUACGGCUCAACCUCGGUGGUGCGAACGGCAACCCGAACAGCCCACCUCCUUCAUUGCGCCACACCACCUCUGCCUCUCUCUCAAUCCCAGCAUCAUUUUUCCUUCUCAUUCGAGCUCGACGGCAAAGGAUCCACGGCGAGGCAGAACGGCAAGGGCGGCUUCAAUGGCGACGGCGAGGAAGCUCAGCGACGGUGACACUGGUGGCGCUGGCUUCCCCUGGCGAUGAUGAAGUUGGCCUGGCCGUAGCGGCUGCGCGACGCGACAGGGACUGGGCGGCUCCUUCCUCCCCUGCACGCGUGCCCUCCCUUCUUCUCUCUCUCAGACUCUCCUUUCUCCUCUGAUAGCAACGGCAGCGAUGGUGGCAGUGACAUCCACCGCGCCGCCUCCCUCUUCUCCCCCCUCUCCUUCCCCACUCGGUCCCCCUUCCUUCUUCCCCUUUCUGUUUCAUUUUUUUUCGUUCAAGAAGAAGAGGAAGCUGCGCAUGCUACUGCUGCUGGGUGAGGGAAACAUUGUGGGUGCUACGGCUGGGUCU